UUAACACGACGGUGUGGUAUUUCUGUUAAACUUUUUUUACAUCAAUAAAAUAUUUUAAAGAAUAAUAAAAAUGUUAAAGAAGAUUUAUAUUACGACAAAAGAUUUGGCAGAAAAUAGACAGGCUAAACAGAAGUUCGAUCUAAAACUACCUAACAAUUCAAUGAUUCCGUAUCUCCCGGACAGAGUACCCCAACAUGUUCUGAUGCAGAUAUUUACUUAUCUGGACCGUAUCGAUCUGAUACGACUAGCGGGUGUUUGUAAGUAUUUGCGAGAUCUUAUCUUCACCUCGCCUCAGAUUUGGCGGACUAUAAGACUUAAGCUAUCCUGCAGGCAAUACCCUAUGUGUAACAAAUCAGCCUUAUGGUACGCUAAACUAUUCGGAAUCCAUUUCAAGGACCUGCUGAUAGUUUGCGACCACGUCCGUCCACAUAUUUCUUGCAAGACCAUGACCGUCUGUCUAAGGAACAUUUUGCUUAGCCUAGGUCAAACGAGGCUGACGUCAUUAGUUAUAAGAGAAGGUCGACUUGUCAAUGCAACCGUGCCAGUUGUAUCCAGUCUUGUAGAGAUUUUGACCCGCAUCUUGACUCGAUGCCGUGAUCUACAACAUUUUGGGAUGCCUUGCGCGCUGUGGACAGUCAAAGACGGCAGUAAGGUACUGGACACACUAUGGUCCACAUCGAGGGGGAGUCUGAAAUCUCUAAGGCUCGAUGCGUAUUAUGUGCCACCGGAGGAUGGUCGGAGACCGGCUGAGUUUGAUCGUGUUACCACCGGCAUCCUUUCACUCACCCACUUGACUAUACUGGGCAUCGACUACUGUGUUUUAAAUGACGCUUUCAUCAAUUCGCUCUCCAGAGCAAAUAUUAAAAUAAAAGUGUUGAUACUUUUCGAUCUGGAAGUCGAAGGAGAUUGGACACAAAUCUCAAAAAAUGCAUGGGUGAAUUUGACACAGGCAUGUCCUGAAAUGAAAGUGUAUUUUGUAACGAAUGGCAGCACGGAGAGGAUUAUACCCAAGUUGGAGCCGGCCUUGAAGUUUUACAGUAUCCAGAUGUAUGUGGAUGUUAGAGCUAGCAGAACUGCGCCAAAAGUUGGGGAGGUGCUGAGGCACAUCUCGACAAACUUCAGUCGGUGCCUGGUAAGGUUUGAUAUGGAGAUACACUUCGAUGACAGGAUCACCACGUCACUCUUACACCUUGUUCGUCACUGUCAACAUUUGGUUCAUGUAAAGAUAACGGCUAACUUUCCUAAUCCGAAGAUAAAAGAAACUAUAUUAAAGCUGAUACAAAACAGGAGGCGACAGAUCUACUUGAGAAAGUAUCCAAACACGGCCAACAAACGGGCGAGAACAAACAAGGUGAAAGGUUCAGGUUCAAGACCCGCCGUAGCCACAGAACGGAUGAGCUAGUUGUAGAACAAAGAUGGAGACAGAGGGGGGGGGCCGCGAUCACACCUUAGUUACCACACCAGUGACGGGCUUUAGCAGUAUUUAAUGAGUCAUUACCACCAAGUUAUACAAAUUAAAUAAAAACACUCCUAUUUAACAUGAAACAUU